AUGGGAGGGACCACAUGUCCAUCUGACCCGCCCCCGGCCACGCCUCCACCAAUCAGCUCCAAGACUCCAGAUGCAGCUGGUCCGAUGGCGGUGUUACCUUCAGGACGAACGGGGACCUGGACCAGGUUCCUGGACAGACGGGUCCUCAAGUCCCGCUUAGCCUCAGCGGUCUGCGGUACAGACGGGCCGUGGUGGACCGAGGUGGACCAGAUGGGGUUCAGGGUAAACCUGCCCAUUUGGUUUGUGUCCGACGACCCUGAAGGUCAAAGGUCAGCCCUCAGAUGUCCUACAGCCGUUUGGUUCCUACCUCCAGCCCAGACCAGGACGCUGACAGAGGACAAUGUCAGCGACGGGCGGCUUGUGUGUAGGGACUGGACUCUGAGGAGGUCUGGAGGUCUGAGGGGGGUCCCAGGGUCUGGAGGUCUGAGGGGGGUUCCAGGGUCUGGAGGUCUGCAGGACCACCAGGGGGGCACCAGCCUGGAGGAGCUGGAGGCCUUCAUCGACUCCUACGUUCAGAUCUGGGAACAAACCAUGGAGUCGUGUUAUGGAGGAGAACCCGAGCCGGACCAGGUCUCAGACCAGAGGGGGGACGACGUUCUGGCGACUAUUAGUGAAAAACUAUCAAAGCUGGACGUUCUGGAGGAGAUCAGACUGGAUUUAGCAGAACUGAAGAAAAGUCUGGAGACCAGCCUGAGAAGCAUCGAAGAGUUUAGAGAAAACAGCCAGAAGGAUCCUCAAAGUCCACUUUGACUCAUUUAACCCUGAAGACCCAGAACUGAAGUCAGAUCCCAA